GGUAUUGCCCCCUGGGGGCCUCUGGGUGCAGCCCGUCCGGCCCCCGUGGCCCUCCGCAGAUCCAGUAGGUUCAGAGUCUGGACCCUGAUUUCUUGUCUCUGGGCUCCCCCACGGCUGAGUCACCAUGCCUCCUCCCCCCCAGCACGGCCGUCUGAAGGUAAAGACGACGGAGGAGCAGGCCGAGGCCAAGCGCCUGGAGCGGGAGAAGAAGCUACGUCAAUACGUAGCCGCCACGACCGCCAUCUUUGAGAAGAGGAAGACAGGACAGCUGGACAAAGAGGCGCUGGAGCUGACCAAUCAGAUCUUGGGGGUCAACCCCGACUUCGCCACCCUCUGGAACUUCCGCCGGGAGAUCCUCCUCCGCCUGGAGCCGGAGGGGUCCCUGGAAGAGAUGCAGUCGCUGUGCCGCGGGGAGCUCUCGUUCCUGGAGUCCUGCCUGCGGGUGAACCCCAAGUCGUACGGGACGUGGCACCACCGCUGCUGGGUGAUGGAGCAUGUCCCCCACCCCGACUGGGCCCGCGAGCUGGAGCUGUGUGCCAAGUUCCUGGAGAUCGACGAGCGCAACUUUCACUGCUGGGAUUACCGGCGCUUUGUGGUGCAGCGCGCCCAGGUGUCGGCCGCGGACGAGCUGCACUUCACCGACCGCCUCAUCACCCGCAACUUCUCCAACUACUCGUCCUGGCACUACCGCAGCCGCCUGCUGCCCCGGCUGCACCCCGACCCCCGGCAGCCGGGCCGCCCCACCGAGGCCGUGCUGCUCAAAGAGCUGGAGCUGGUGCAAAACGCUUUCUUCACCGACCCCAACGACCAGAGCGCCUGGUUCUACCAUCGCUGGCUGCUGGGCAGAGCCGAGCCGGAGCCGACUAUCCUGUGUGUCUACGUGAGCCGAGAGGACUCCUCGCUGGCGGUGGCUUUCUCCCAGCCUGUGGUGGUGAGUACCCGAUCCUGUGACCUGCUGCUCUUCGCAGACGAGGCCCCCCUGGCGGUGAAUUGGCACACACCCAACGGGAAAAACCGCCCUGGCCUCAUGUGGCUGUGUGACCUGCCGGCCUCGGCCCUCAACGAGCACUGGCCCCAGCACACCUUCCGGGUGCACUGGGCGGGUGGGGAGUCCCAGAAGGAGUGUGUCCUCUUCAAAGGCUGCAGCGAUGGCUGGUGCCGGGACUCCGUCACCGAGGAGCAGGUGUUCAGGUGCGAGCUCUCCGUGGAGAAGUCGACUGUGCUGCAGUCGGAACUGGAGUCCUGUAAGGAGCUGCAGGCCCUGGAGCCGCAGAACAAGUGGUGUCUCCUCACCAUCAUCCUCCUCAUGCGGGCCCUGGACCCCCUGGUGUACGAACGCGAGACCCUCAGCUACUUCGACACCCUGAAGGCCGCUGACCCCAUGCGCUCCGCCUAUCUGGACGACCUGCGCAGCAGAUUCCUCGUGGAGAACAGCAUCCUGAGGAUGGAGUACGCCGAGGCCAGGGUGGUGGACCUGUCCUGCCGGGGCCUGACCGUCCUCUGCCACCUGGAGCAGCUGCCGCUCGUCACCCACCUGAACCUGGCCGGGAACCGGCUGCGCCGCCUCCCUCCCGCCCUGGCCAUGCUGCGCUGCCUCGAGGUGCUGGAGCUGGAUGGGAACCAGAUCGAGACCCUCGAGGGGCUGCCCCCCCUCCCCCGCCUGGAGGAGCUCUCAGCCUGCAGCAACCGCAUCCAGCGACCUUCUGACCUGCGACCUUUGGCCUCCUUCCCCAAGCUCCGCCUCCUGGCCCUGCGGGGGAACCCCCUGGGUGACCUCCCUGAUGCCCAAUCAGAGCUGGCCGUGCUGCUGCCCCGCGUGGAGAUCGCCCUCGCCUGAUUGGCCGGGAGCGGCUGGCCCUGCCCGU